AGUAAAUCACGCAGUGUUCUGAAACAUUUACCUAUAUGCUCGAAGAGAUCUAAUGAUCUGGUCAUUUCCUUCAAACAAAAUCUUCACUUUUCAACACUCAGUGGAAUUUAUUUUAUACACAGUCAACACAAUUUUCUACUAAAUACUUUACUUCCAAAUUCACUACAAUCUCAGAUCCUUCAUCUUCAUAACAAAUUUCCAAUCUCACACAAAAUAAAAAACCAAACAGUUGUAACAAAAAACCUCAUUUUCCGACCCAUCAAAAACUCCUAUCAAUUCCACCAAAAAGCACCGAUUUUUACCAUCAAAAUGCAUCAAAAACCAAACCCAACAUACUAAUUUAAUCAGAUCCAGCUUAUUUCUCAAAUGGGUCAUGUAAACCUCCCAGCUUCAAAGCGAACUAGCGGCAUCAACUACAACCCUCGUCAAUGGCGGUUACUAGACCUUAUUUCUGCUGCAUUCUUCGGUUUGGUGUUCCUUUUUUUCGUUCUUGUCUUCACGCCGCUCGGCGAUAACCUCGCUGCCUCGGGGAGACAGACGCUGCUGCUGUCUGGCUCUGAUCCGCAGCAGCGUCUGCGUGUCGUGGCGGCGAUUGAGGCGGGACAGCCGAGAGUUAUCGAGGCAUGUCCAGUUGAUGAAGUGGACCAUAUGCCGUGUGAAGAUCCGAGGCUUAAUAGUCAGCUUAGUAGAGAGAUGAAUUAUUAUAGAGAGAGACAUUGUCCAUCGGUGGAGAAUAGGCCUCUUUGUCUUAUUCCUCCGCCUAGUGGGUAUAAGGUUUCGGUUCAGUGGCCUGAGAGUUUGCAUAAGAUAUGGCACAGCAACAUGCCUCACAACAAGAUUGCUGACAGGAAAGGUCACCAAGGAUGGAUGAAACUUGAAGGCCCACACUUUAUAUUCCCUGGAGGCGGCACAAUGUUUCCAGACGGAGCAGAGCAGUAUAUUGAAAAACUUGGUCAAUACAUUCCAAUGAAUGGCGGCGCUCUUAGGACUGCUCUUGAUAUGGGGUGUGGGGUUGCCAGUUUCGGAGGAUUUUUACUAUCACAAAACAUUAUAACGAUGUCGUUUGCUCCAAGGGAUUCACACAAAUCACAAAUACAAUUUGCUCUUGAACGAGGAAUACCUGCUUUUGUUGCCAUGCUUGGUACUCGCAGACUUCCGUUUCCUGCAUUUGGCUUUGACUUAGUCCAUUGUUCUCGAUGUUUAAUUCCUUUUACAGCCCACAAUGCAACUUAUUUCCUUGAAGUCGAUAGAUUACUUCGCCCUGGCGGAUAUCUAGUCAUAUCCGGCCCACCUGUUCAGUGGCCUAAACAAGACAAAGAGUGGUCUGAUCUCCAGGGUGUGGCAAGAGCUUUAUGUUAUGAACUGAUUGCUGUCGAUGGCAACACCGUCAUAUGGAAGAAGCCAGCAGGGGAUCUGUGUCUCCCCAACCAAAACGAAUUUGGUAUUGAGUUAUGCGAUGAAUCAGAUGAUCCCAAUUCCGCUUGGUACUUCAAAUUAAAGAAAUGUGCCAGUAGGAUAUCUUCUGUGAAAGGAGAGUAUAGUAUUGGGAUGAUUCCCAAGUGGCCAGAAAGGCUAACUGCUCCGCCACCUAGGUCAACACUCUUGAAAAACGUUGCUGAUGUAUACGAAGCUGACACUAGGCGAUGGUUAAGGAGGGUUGCACACUAUAAAAAUUCUCUAAACAUAAAGUUGGGGACUCCAGCAGUACGGAAUGUCAUGGACAUGAAUGCGUUCUUUGGAGGUUUUGCAGCUGCACUAAAAUCAGAUCCCGUGUGGGUAAUGAAUGUAGUUCCGUCUCGCAAGCCAUCCACUCUUGAUGUGAUCUUUGACAGGGGUCUCAUUGGAGUCUAUCAUGAUUGGUGUGAACCUUUCUCGACAUAUCCCCGCUCCUAUGAUCUGAUCCAUGUGGGCAGCAUUGAAUCACUUAUAAAGGAUCCAGCCUCUGGCAAAAGCAGAUGUAACCUAGUUGAUUUAAUGGUAGAAAUAGACCGAAUGUUGCGGCCAGAAGGCACCGUUGUGGUGAGAGAUACUCCCGAAGUAAUCGACAAAGUAUCUCGUGUCGCUCAUGCAGUGAGAUGGAGGCAUACCAUAUAUGAUAAAGAACCCGAAUCACAUGGCAGAGAUAAAAUCCUAGUUGCAACCAAGACUUUUUGGACACUCUAAUUCUCAUCACACUUAACAUAGUUGUGUAAUUGAGGUAAAAUUUAGUUCUCAAUGCUUUGAGGAUUGUGAUUUUGAAGUUAUCUUAUGCAUCAAAGGGAUGUGGUUUCCCUUCCUGUUCAUUAUGUAUACAAGGAGAAAGUAAUGUUAUAGGAUAUGAGAAAAACUGAAAAAUGUGAAGACUUUGUGUAGUUUUAUAUGAAAAGGCACAAGCCUAUUUUAGUUAAUAUUUUGUCUUACAUAAAACUUAUAAUAGUAUAAGGAUAAUUUGUAAUUCAA